AUGUCAAAACUGCCAAAAGCAGCCCUUAGCUUAAAACAGUUCAUGCUGCGCCAGGAGGUGCUGAAGCUGUACAGAGAAAUUUGGCGCACCACACGGCUGGUGCCGGACCAGCAUAGCCGACAAGAGCUCAGAGCCUGGGCCCGCCACGACUUCCAGGCGAAUCGCAACCAGAGCGACGAGGUGGCGAUCAAAAUGCUGAUGCAGAGCGCCAGACGCAGCCUGACGGAGCUGCAGACCAGCCUCCAACUGAGCGGCACGAACGUUAAGUGAGAAAAAUGCUUGCAUCUUUUAUUUGAGCUUCACAAACUUGACUGCUGCAAUCGAAUUACAGAGACAUAAAACACGAUAAUAAAUAAAUAAAGCUAAAGAGAAAGACCUUUGAGGCGCUACAGCA